UAACACGCACACUCAACAAACUGCUCUCUCUCUCUCUCUCGCUCUCUCUCACACACACAUUGAUCUCUGCAGACUGUGUCCACACACUCUCCUGGUCAGUGUCCUGUGGUUUGGAUGUCCGUCAGCAGCUGAAUUCACACAGAUUUCUGUCUACGGCAGUUUUGCCUUCAGGCUGAGAGAGGUAGGGGAUAUCAGAAACCCAAAAGGAGAUGGAGCCCACAUUCAAUGGCACCUUAAAGCACCAGUCUGCAGAUUCAGGUCAGCAGCAGCAUGGCGCCACUGUCAGCUUCCACAAUAUUCACUACAAGGUGAAACAGGGAGGAAACUGUCUUUGUCGGAAGAAGGCCACAACCAAAGACAUUCUCAUUGACCUCAAUGGGCUCAUGAAACCGGGGCUGAACGCCAUCAUGGGAGCAACGGGAAGCGGCAAAUCAUCGUUCCUGGAUGUCUUGGCGGCCAGGAAGGACCCUGCAGGCCUGUCGGGAGAAGUCCUGAUCAACGGAGCUCCGCAGCCUCCAAACUUUAAGUGUCUGUCUGGAUACGUGGUGCAGGACGACGUGGUGAUGGGGACUCUGACAGUCAGAGAAAACUUCACCUUCUCGGCAGCGCUGCGCCUCCCAUCGACUGUGUCUCAGGAGGAGAAAGAGCAGAAAGUCAACAAACUGAUCCAGGAGCUGGGACUGGGCCGAGUGGCCGACUCACGGGUGGGCACUCAGCUGAUUCGUGGGAUCUCUGGCGGUGAGAGGAAGAGGACGAACAUCGGCAUGGAGCUGAUCAUCGACCCGCCCGUCCUCUUCCUGGACGAGCCCACCACAGGCCUCGACGCCAGCACAGCCAACUCUGUGCUGCUGCUGCUCAAGCGGAUGGCGAACCACGGUCGCACCAUCAUCCUAUCCAUCCACCAGCCUCGAUACUCCAUCUACCGCCUGUUCGACAGUCUCACCCUGCUGGUCACCGGCAAACAGGUUUAUCAUGGGCCAGCACAGAACGCACUGGAGUAUUUCUCAGACAUCGGACACACCUGUGAGCCCCACAACAACCCUGCUGAUUUCUUCCUGGAUGUCAUCAACGGAGAUUCGACCGCAGUCGCCUGCAGCAACAUGGAAGAUCUGGAUCCAGACUCAGAUUCAGUGUCAGUGUCCAAACGAGGGAUUGAGGACAAACUGGUGGAGGAGUACAGAAACUGUAACUACUACAAACAGACCAAAGCAGAGCUGGAGAGGAUAGUUCAGGGUAAGCAGGCAGCUACCACUGCUCCCUCCAGAACCAUCACGUACAACACCAGCUUUCUGACCCAGUUCAGAUGGGUUCUCAAGAGAACAUUCCGCAACCUCAUGCUCAACCCUCAGACUUCUGUCGCUCAGGUAGCAGUUACCUUGUUCCUCGCUCUGGUCGUAGGAGCCAUUUUCUUUGACGUCCAGGACAAUCAGAGUGGAAUGCAGAACAGGUUUGGUGCUCUCUUCUUCAUCACAGUGAAUCAGUGUUUCAGCUCUCUGUCAUCUGCUGAACUCUUCAUCUCUGAGAGGAAACUCUUCAUUCACGAGUAUAUCAGCGGUUACUACAGGUUGUCUGUCUACUUCCUGUCUAAGAUCCUCUCUGACAUUAUCACAUUGAGGACCAUCCCUGCCAUUGUCUUCACCUGCGUAGCGUACUUCAUGAUCGGUCUGAAGCCCACCGCUGAUGCCUUCUUCCUCUUCAUGUUUACCGUCAUGCUGGUCGCCUACACGGCCACCUCCAUGGCUCUGGCCAUCUCAGCCGACCAGACGGUGGUGGCCAUCGCCAACAUCUUCAUGACCAUCGCCUGUGUCUUCAUGAUGAUCUUUGCAGGAUUGUUGGUGAAUCUUCCCUCCAUUGUCAGCUGGCUCGCUUGGUUAAAAUACCUCAGUAUACCAAGAUAUGGCCUCAGUGCUUUGCAGGUUAAUGAGUUUACUGGGCUGAAGUUCUGUCAGGAUUUAAAUACCAGUUUCAUUCCACCUGGAAUCGCUUGCACAGGGGAGGAGUUUCUGACGGAGCAGGGCGUGGAUUACUCCACCUGGGGCUUCUGGCAGAACCAUGUGGCCCUGGGCGCCAUGACCAUCUGCUUCCUCGCCAUCACUUACCUCAAACUGCGCUUCAUCAGGAAGUUCACCUAGACCUUCAACAUCAUCAUCAUCAUUGUGAUGUAAUUUAAGACACAGGCUUGUGAUUGGAAACUCUGCAGUUUAAAUGUAUGUGCAGCUGGAGGUACUGUAGCCAUGGUUGUACAUCUUCCUCUUUUUUUUUUAACAGAUCUGUGUUUAUUUUUUAUCACAACGGUUCAUUUUCAUUUACAGUUGAUUCAUGUGACAAAAUAAGAGCCAGAAAUCUUCCAGCUCUAAUACUGAUCAUUUGUUUGUAAAAUUAUAUGUUGUUUAUGGAGAUGUUCAAGAGAAGUUCUUUAUAUAUAAUUUAUUCAAUCCUUACUAACACUGUAGCACAGUAUUGUGUUUACUCAUGAUAGACUGUAUUCUGAUUUUUGCACUUUAAAGUUCAGAGCCAAAGAAAACAAUUUUUUUCACACAUAAAGAAUUUUAUAUUUUUGAAGUUUUACAAAAUAAAAUACUGAGUUAGUGUUUUCA